AUGUUCGGGAUCCAGGACAAUCUGCCCCGCGGGGCCACAGCCAGCAUGAAGGAGGAGCCGCUGGCUGUUCGCUCCUGGAUGCACUCGGCCGGCGUGGUGGAUGCCAACACAGCCGCUCAGAGCGGGGUGGGGUUAGCUCGUGCUCACUUUGAGAAGCAGCCACCCUCCAAUCUGAGGAAGUCCAACUUCUUCCACUUUGUGUUGGCAUUGUACGACCGCCAGGGUCAGCCGGUCGAGAUCGAACGCACCGCCUAUGUGGACUUCGUGGAAAAAGAGAAGGAACCAACGGGAGAGAAAACCAACAACGGGAUUCAUUACAAACUGCAGCUGCUCUACAGUAAUGGAGUAAGAACGGAGCAGGAUCUGUACGUCCGACUGAUCGACUCCAUGACCAAACAGGCAAUCAUCUAUGAAGGUCAGGACAAGAAUCCAGAGAUGUGCCGAGUUCUGCUGACACAUGAGAUCAUGUGCAGUCGCUGCUGUGAUAAGAAGAGCUGUGGAAACAGAAACGAGACACCAUCAGACCCCGUCAUCAUCGACAGGUUCUUCUUGAAGUUCUUCCUGAAGUGUAACCAGAACUGUCUGAAAAACGCUGGAAACCCACGAGACAUGAGGAGAUUUCAGGUGGUGGUGUCUACAACAGUCAACGUGGAUGGUCACGUCCUUGCCGUCUCCGACAACAUGUUCGUACACAACAACUCCAAACAUGGUCGCCGCGCGAGGAGACUCGACCCGUCUGAAGGUAACCAAUCAGCACCUCAGUACAUCAGUACAGCCACUCCCUGCAUUAAAGCCAUCAGUCCCAGUGAGGGCUGGACGACGGGCGGAGCAACCGUCAUUCUGAUCGGAGACAACUUCUUCGACGGCCUUCAGGUCGUCUUUGGCACAAUGCUGGUGUGGAGCGAGCUGAUCACCCCUCACGCCAUCCGGGUCCAGACUCCGCCCCGUCACAUCCCCGGGGUCGUGGAGGUCACACUGUCGUACAAAUCCAAACAGUUCUGUAAAGGAGCUCCGGGACGCUUUGUCUACACAGCCUUAAAUGAACCCACCAUAGAUUACGGCUUCCAGAGGUUACAGAAGGUCAUUCCCCGUCACCCCGGAGACCCAGAGAGACUGCCCAAGGAGGUGCUGUUGAAGAGAGCAGCUGACCUGGUGGAGGCACUCUAUGGGAUGCCACAUAACAACCAGGAGAUCAUCCUGAAGAGAGCGGCUGACAUCGCAGAGGCUCUGUACAGCGUUCCCAGAAACCACAACCAAAUCCCAUCGCUAGGCAACACCGCCUCCCAUGGCAUGAUGGGAGUUAACUCCUUCAGUGGACAGCUGGCCGUCAACGUCUCAGAGACAACGCAAGGUACGAUUGGCUACAGUCGUAACACCAGCAGUGUGUCGCCGCGGGGAUACGUCCCAAGCUCCACCCCCCAACAGAGUAACUAUGGCAACACAGUAAGCAACAGCAUGAAUGGCUAUGGCAACACCGGCAUGCCAAACCUGGGAGUGGCAACAUCCCCGGGUUUCCUCAAUGGGUCAUCUGCAAACUCUCCCUACGGCAUUGUCCCCUCCAGUCCGACCAUGGCAGUGUCCAACUGUAACUCCUCUCAUGGAGUCUUUUCCUUCUCUGCUGCCGUCAAACAGAAGAGCGCCUUUGCUCCCGUUGUCCGACCGUCAGCUUCACCUCCUCCUCCACCAAACUGCUCCGCCAACAACGCCAAUGGGUUGCAAGCCAUGUCCGGCCUCGUUGUCCCUCCGAUGUAA